AUGAACGACUCGUCGGCAGCAGUGCCCCUGCCUCCGCGGCUUACAUCCGUGAUCUCACUGGCACUUAGUCGAUGCGGAGUUCCCCGCACACCGCUCCAGCCGGUCAACAGUUGUCCGGGUGCCUGUCCACGCUUCCCGCGCAGACGCUGCCCAGCCUGCCCGCCAGCCCUUCCAGCCCCCCCAGCGGCCCCUCGCCGGAGGGCUCCUUCCCACUCUGCAAGCCCAACUCCCCUAACGGAGCCCGGCGAAACCACCAUUCCCGCCCGGAAACGCGGCCCGCACCGGGGAGCGGCUCCCGCCGCCGGGCCAUCCCGCCCGCCAGGCCAGCGGUCUGCGCACCCGGCCCGCGAGGUCCCCGCGGCCCCGCGCACCCCGGCGGCCGCGCUCCGGCCGUUUGAAUCUCCCGCCCGCGCGGGCGCCGCGGGCCGGACGCGAGAAGCGCGGCGGCAGAGGGGCCACCGGGCUCGCUCCAGCGAGGCGGGGCCCGGCCCUCGCCCGGACGCCCCGCGGGACCGGGGACACGCGCACCCGCACUUGCGCCUUCCUGCCGCCCGGCUUCACGUGGAGACGUCGCCACGCGACCGGGCGCGCGCGAGCAACUGCGCCGGCCCGCCGACGACCCCCACCGUGCUCGGGCCGUGGUCACUCGGCGCGCCGCCAUCCUCCAGGACCCUUCGCCCACGACACGCGCGACCUACCUCGAUGCCGGUCAGCUACGAGGAACUCCUCGGCUCGCUGGCUGGGCCGCGAACUGCCCCAGAGCAUGCGCUCUGCGGGCCUCUGGCCUGA